AGCUCGAAAAUCAGGGCCAAAUAUAUAAAACAAUACAACAGUACUGUCAUGUCACAUUAAUAUUAAUUUAAAUAAACAAAAACCGAUCGAAGAGACACCUAUACAAAUAUCUCAAGGCAUAAGAUAGACUUGCACGCGUAGCUAAAAAACAAAUUUUAAUACAUAAAUUGAUUAGAUAGUAAAAGCCUUACCCAAUUAUCUUGAAAAUGUGACCUUAACUCUCACCCACAAAUAAAAACCAGGAGUCCGAAACAUCAACAGAAACAAAGAGCUCGAUCUCCAACUAUCAGCCAUGGUGUUGCUCCAACUUCUAGCCUCAAUUUCACUCCUCGUACUUCUCCUACUUUCCUUCAUCUUCCUCACCAAAACAUUAAAUCCUAAAAAACAAUCUCCCUCAUCCUCUUCGACCGCCACUCUCCCAAGAUCCUACCCUUUAAUCGGUUCGUUCUUUGACAUGCUAGCCUACCGCAACCGUCCUCUACAAUGGAUCGCUGACUUCCUCCAAAAUUCACCGUCGGCAACCUACGUCCUCCACCGCUCCUUCUUUAACACCCGCCAGGUCUUCACUGCCAACCCCACCGUUGUCCAACACAUCCUCAAGAACAGCUUCAACAACUACGGCAAGGGCGACGAAUCACGUCGCACCCUCCAAGAUUUGCUCGGCAACGGUAUCUUCAACGUCGACGGCGAGUCCUGGAAGUUCCAGAGACAAGUUGCCAUCCAAGAGUUCAACCACAUAUCUCUGCGCAAGUUCGUCGAGACUGUUGUGGAUACCGAACUCUCUGAUCGCCUCAUCCCCAUCCUCUCUUCGGCAGCCAAAACCGGAAUUGUCCUAGAUUUCCAAAACAUUCUUCAGAGGUUCACCUUCGAUAAUAUAUGCAGAAUAACUUUUGGAGUCGACCCUGCCUACUUGUUGCCCUCUCUUCCAAAAGCCAAGUUCGCUGAAGUUUUUGAAGAAGGCAUCAUACUCAGCGGCAUGAGGGCUAGUGCGUUGAUCCCCAUGGUUUGGAAAAUCAAGAAGCUUUUGAAUGUUGGCUCCGAGAAGCGUUUGAAAAUCGUAGUCUCAGAAAUGCGAGAAUUCGCCACAAAAAUUAUAAGAGAAAAGAAGCACAAGCUCAGCGAGAAUGCCUCGCUCGAUUCUGUUGACCUCUUGUCAAGAUUAUUGAGCGCAGGCCAUUCAGACGAGAACUUCGUGACGGACAUGGUGAUAAGCUUCAUACUUGCUGGACGGGAUACUACCUCGUCUGCUUUGACGUGGUGUUUCUGGCUACUUUCCAAGAACCAGCAUGUUGAAUCCGAGGUUCUGAAGGAAAUCAAAGAAAAAUCAGAAGCGCCUGUCUAUGAAGGAGUGAAAGACAUGGAGUACACUCAAGCUUCUUUGUGUGAAUGCAUGCGGUUGUACCCGCCUGUUCUGGCGGACACGAAGGAGGCCAUCGGCAAAGACGUGUUGCCGGACGGCACGAUGGUGAAGAAGGGAAUGGUAGUGACGUACCAUAUUUACGCUAUGGGGAGGUCGGAGGAGCUGUGGGGCUCUGACUGGGCGGUGUUUAAGCCGGAGCGGUGGCUGGAGAGGGACGAAAUGGAUAAGCACUGGAGGUUUGUGGGAAGGGACCCGUACACGUACCCAGUGUUCCAGGCGGGACCGAGGAUUUGUCUGGGGAAGGAUAUGGCGUUCUUGCAGAUGAAGAAGGUGCUGGCGGGGGUUCUGAGGCGGUUUAAGGUAGUGCCGGCCCUAGAACAGGGUGUGGAGCCGGAAUUUCUUUCGUGCUUCACUUCCACAAUAAAAGGUGGGCUUCCGGUGAGGAUCGUGGAGAGGGAUCACAAGGAGUACUGACGUAUAGGCAAUGAGAGAAAGUAGUGGUCGUUGACUUGUGCUACGUUUUGCGUAUUAAACUCUGUUUGUAUAUCAUUGCCAUAAUUUU